AUGGCAGCGCCCAGUCAGACACUCGUGUCAUACUCGGGCAGUUCAAGUGAAGACGAUAAUGACGUAAAACCAGACAGAAAUGGAAAGAAGCGCACGUGCAGCGAUGAACAUGGAAGUAAAGUGAAGAAGCAAAAAGUGAAAAGCUUACCAGAAAAAGGAAUAAUUGAAAAAAAGGAGGCCAUACCUGAUCAGAUCAAGGUGAAAAAUGGACAGAAGAAAAGAAAGAACAAAAAGCAAAGGAAACGACAGAGGGCAGAACAGUCCAAUUCUCCUGAUUGUAUGGAAUGCCAACCAGUACAAAAUCUUAAGAAACCAAAGAGAAAAAGAAAACAAAAGAAAGGGAAGACUGCAAUCAAAAGCAGUGUACCUCCAUGUCAGUGUAAGGACUUAAGCAACCCUAAAAAGAAAGUGAAGAAAAAGCAGUGCAUUGUUCCAGGCUGUAAAACCAAAACUGUUGACUUAAAAGCCCAUGCCCAAGGACUGCACAUUCCAUCAGUAUUUGAUGAGUGUCUGCCGUGUGUUGAAGAAGUUCUGGUGGAGAGAAGGAGAGCCCUCACCAUGUUAUAUGUAUGGUUGGUGGGAAGGCCCGGAAAAUGGAAUGACCUGGUUCAGUAUGUUAACAGGGUUGUGGAUUUAAGAUCAUUGUCUGGAUGUCCCAUAUCCCCUGUCCAACGGGAAGCCAUGAAGACCAUGUGUGACUUUGUUCGAGUCCCUUCCCCAAAGAAGUUCAGAUUGCGUCCCGUUAAUGCCAUAGGUGUGCUGUGUCACUGGAGGGUUUUGUUGGUCAUCUCGGCCAUUUUGUUACCUGUUCAGAGGGAAUUUUUGGUGAACACUUUUCGGUCUCCUGCAGACAGAGCCUGUCAGGCAAACAGGGUACUUGGAGGCACAUCAGAGAUGAGCCAUGUCAGUCCUUCUGUGGGAUGGAAGGAGGUUAGUUUUGAUGGUCCAGCAUCAUCUUUGAGCAGUCUUAGCAGUCACCCUCUGCCUGAGGUAAAGAUUCAGACAGAAAACCAAUUGGUUCCUCAGUCUUUACCAGCCUGGGCCGAGAUCACAUUUGGAGGCUCGGUGGCAUUUUAUUGUGAUCCCAAUACUUAUCCUUCAUUUGAAAGCCUGGAUAAUUGCCCAGGAAACAGGAAUAUAGCCAUAGGUUUGCAUCCUCAGUAUGCCUCAGAGUCUCUCAGCUUGCAGAAUAGUUGGGUGAUGGCAUUGGCACAGUUGAUGAAGCACCCCAGUGUUGUGGCAUUAGGCCAUGUUGGAUUUGACUUCACAGAGCCCAUGGAAGACUGGUCACGGCAAGUGCAGAUGUUGUUGAACAUUUUGCCAUUCCUGAAGUGGCAGCAUGUUCUGGUUUUGUACUGCCAUAGCACGCUUUAUGAUAAACAGGGACAGCAUGCCUACCUGAUGCUUCUUGACCAUCUCCAAAAUGUUGUGCCAUCCUACCAUAUGAUCCACUUGCGGUAUUUCUAUGGGACCAAAUAUGUUGUGAAGCAUUGGCUAAAGAAGUUUCCUCGCACCCAUUUUGGGUUCACUGGAUUGGUAGGUUCCUUCAAUCCUGGGCAGAGGGCAGCACUGAAAAUGCUUCGAGAUUCACAGAUAUUGUUGGAGUCGGAUGUUCCCUAUCUGUAUGAAGUUGACCAGUCAGAAUCUUCCAAAAAGCAACUGUUUAGAACGGCUGAAUUAGUUGCAAACAUAAGAGGAGUGAGUGUGGAACACAUCUUAAAAGUGACUGGACAGAAUGCCUUGAAGCUCUAUAAGAAGCAGUAGUUUCAGAAAGGAUAACAUAGUGACAGGCUUCCUUUGCCAGACAACAUAAAAGCCAUGUUCCAAGAUCAAAAAGAAAGCCAAGAUAUCCCAGAAGAACAUGAUGGACGAAUAAGAAGUUUUCC